GUCGACGUCAACAAGUUUGAAGAAGAAAAUCUCUCAUGAUAUCCAACUAAAAGGUGGUUGACUAGAUGCUUUAUGGAGAACUCUAAAACGUCAUAUUACCAUUGAAUGAUGUCAGAAUACACUAGAUGAUGUCACACUACCUCUGAAUGGAGCCGUUUGUCCUGCAGCUCACACAAGUCAACUUCGACGCUGAUGAUACUAUAGAAUAUGAAAAACAAAGCCAUGAUAUUGAUUCUUUCAACAAUGUAGUACAUUACGACUCCCAACUUGUAAAAUCAGCUGUAUCCGAAUUUGACUUUGAUGAUGACGAUUUGCAACUCCAGCAGAAUGAGAAAGUUUGCAACAUGCACACCAUUAUGAAAUCGAGAAUGGAUUGCACUUAAAUGAGAGUACAACUGACGCCAUCUAUCAUCAUCCACUAUCGCCAACUCUAAUCGACACACAUUCUAAAUUCAUCAAUAAUUCGGGAAAGAAAAUGGAAAAACAGCACAGUGAUCAUCAUCACGGGGAGGUGAAAUCUCCUGGAAUAGAGGGGAAUUCCUUCUCAGCUUUUACAUCAACUACUGAUGCUUUAGCAUUAAGGAACUCUGUCAUAGAUAACCCUAACAUUGUGCCAGCUACUAACGAUGCCAUAGCACAAGCCAUUGCAGCUGCCCAGGCAAAGAUACAAGCAAAACAAGUAGAUGAUGAGGAUUCAAGCCACCAUACAUCUGAGCUAACAAAGACCCCACCAAAACACCAUAAUAAAGAGACCCCACCUGACCACCAUAACAAAAAUGAAAAUGUAAACCUCACAGAGGAACAUCAAAGUGCAAUACUGAUUGAUAGUGCUAAUGAACAAUAUGAAGGAGUGUACACUAAUGUAACAGGACAAUCAAAUGAGAUCAAUAUGGACAAAGGAAUAGCUAAUCAUAAAAUAACAACAAAUGAACAAUGUGAUACCAAGAAUCUACAAUGUGACACUCAGAGAUCACAUCGUGACACACCAAAUUCUCACGGAGAUGACCCUCUGACCCAUAAAUCAAAUACAUCUGAACAUACCAAUGAAAUAAACAAAAUACCCAGUGACACUUUUGAUAAAGAUGAAAAUGUCCUUAAGGAAACAACUCCAAUGACAUUUUAUCCUCAAAACAAAAGUAAUGCAUCAAAAAGUAAGUACGAUACUAUGCAGUCAUAUGACCUUAUAAGGGUUAGACCAGAGGAGAUCAUCACGACCACUGAAAGGGCUCCUUGGUUUCCUGGAAGGGCACCAACCGAAGUUCACAAAUCAAAUGAGAAAAAGAAUAAGAGCUCUUCUAAAAGAAGGAAAGCAAAAGCACGAAGAGACAGCAAUGAAAGUAAUGCUUCAGUAAAUUCAAGUAUCGUGGUAUCUGAUUCAGAUACGUCAGUCGUCUCUGAAUCAAAAUCAAAUUUAGAAAUUGAUACCGUAAGUGCCUCUUCAGUGAAAAACCAUGCUGAUGUGGCUAAAAGUGAUGUUGUUGUGAAUGAUGCACAAAGUGCAUUAGGACAAGAACCAAUUAAGACUCUUACUCAAGACCAACAUGUUGUGACUCAGAGUGCCUUAAACCAAUGUGUGGUGACUCAGAGUGGCUCAACUCAACAUGUGGUGACUCAGAAUGCCUCGGACCAACAUGUGGUGACUCAGAGUGGCUCAACUCAACAUGUGGU